CUCUGAUUCUGUCACUGACGUCAUGCGGAAAGACGCACACAAGUGGGCGGGGCCUGUAGCAAGAUGGCGUCCUUACGCUGUAGACGAGACCCGUGCGGCGUCAUCUGCCUGAUUUUGACUUAUUUUAGCGUAUUCUACGCGGACUAUGUGGUCAUUCAGUAUGUCCUUAUUCCCACCUACACGGGAAGUGUGUGGUGCUCUCUACAUGGAUCCGUCUUUAACCUGAUCCUGCUGCUCCUCCUGGCCUGUCACUCCAAAGCGGUCUUCUCUGAUCCUGGAAUGGUUCCCCUUCCAGACACAGCCAUCGACUUCUCGGACCUUCGCUCACAGUCAUCUCGAAUAAGCGAGCGAGGCUGUGAAGGCUGGACCGUCUGUAGUCGCUGUGAAACCUACAGACCUCCCAGGGCUCAUCACUGCCGUGUCUGUCAGAGGUGUAUACGACGUAUGGACCAUCACUGUCCAUGGAUUAAUAACUGUGUCGGGGAGUUAAACCAGAAGUAUUUCAUCCAGUUCCUCUUCUACACUGGAAUUGCCAGUCUCUACUCCCUGAUGCUCGUUGUGUCUGCUUGGAUUUGGAGGAUCAGGAACGAGAGAGAAGACGCAGAUAAAGAAGGAGAGGAGUCGCCCAGUAAACACCUCAUUGUAGCUCAUUACAUCAUCCUGCUGGUUGAGUCAGUGCUGUUUGGUGUUUUUGUCAUGGUCAUCUUCUACGAUCAGCUGGUCUCCAUUAUCACAGACGAGACGCCCAUCGAGCACAUGAAGAAUAGACUGAUGAUCAAAGACCGAGGAGCUUCUUCUUCCUCAUCUUCCUCCUCCUCCUCCUCCUCCUCACAGCCGGCCCAUCAUUCCUCUCACACACGGAAACCAAAGAUUGCUCUGCUGCGGGAGGUGUUUGGAAGAGGUUCAGUGUUUUGUUGGCUUCUUCCUCUUCACUCCAACCCUCCAUCCGUCGGAGGCAUCUCCUACUCUGCCCUGCCUGACUACGAUGUCUGAGCUCCACAGAGUACCACAAAGGUUUACCCUGUGUGUGUGUGUGUGUGUGUGAGUGACUUUCUACAGAUACGGUGUGUAUAUAUAUAUGUGUGUGUGUGUGUCCUGUGAAAAGUGUUUCAACGACCAGCAUCAGUUUGUUUUUUAAACAAUCUUUUUUGUAUAUAACACUGAUUGAAGUGUAUCAUCUUCAGAGGUUUUUCUGAAGCUGGUUCAUUUCACAGCCCUGCUGCAGAUUGGAGAUAAAGACUUUGAUUUUAAAACAAUUUCACAGAUUCAUAUGAUAAACUACAAACAUAUUUUGUUCACUCUACAUAGUUGAAUCUGGCUGUAAAUUGACCAUUCAGUGAAUAUUUUCCAUAGUGAUUAGUGGUACAUGAGCCCUGAUGGUUCAACAUGGAGGGAUUCAAGCCUGUUGUGUUUUAUUUACCUGUAUAUUUGGUUUUUGUUUUAUAACAAUGGUGCAUUUAAAGGGAUUUUUUUGUCUCAAUAGUAUUUAAGCUAGGUGGCGCUGUGGCACAUGCAUUUUCUCUUGAGACUUUUUUUGUCUGUGAAACACAAACAACUUACUGAAACGUAAAUACUGAAAGUAACGGUGACCAAGGAUGACCGAGACCAAGAUAUUGUUUUGUGCAGUUUUGUUUUAAUGAUUUUCGUUUUCUUCCUGAUCUAUGUCCAAAACACAGCUUUAACAGCUUGGCACUGAUUUCCCCCUCCUGAUCUCUGAUGAUUUUGAUGAUGCAAUUUUCCCAAAUGUUUAUCAGAACUAAAGGAAUACUUUUUGGUAGCGAUCCUGGGAUCAGACCCAGAAAUAAUCGUCAACCUCAGUGAAUAUUGGCCCACUCUCAUUUUUCUCAUUUUGUAAAUUAUUCGUUUAUUUUAACGUUAGCAUUAAUGAUGUUGUCUGUCCAUCUUUGGCAGGAAAAUGUGUGGGUCAUGUGAUUUUUGUCCACAGAUUAUUAUUUGUAUUUAUUUUUGCCAUGAAAGAAUUCGAACUGUUUACUGAUCUACAACACACUAGAACUCAGCUUCACUACUGGGUUCUGCUUCAGCUGAAGGACGUUCUUGUUAAAUUAUUGUUAUUUCUGUUCACUCUUUACUACAUGUACAGUACAUUUGUGUGUAUUUUUUAUACUAUGACCAGUGAAGUUGCCUUUUUUAAAAAUUGAUUAACUGUCAAAUUUGCAGCUUUAAUAAUUUAAUAUUUAAAAUGUAAAUAUCAGGUGUGUAAAGGUAAAGCACAAUUUUUAUAAACAACUUCCAUUAUAAUUUAGAUAGAACGACAAAGUGAAGUACUGCAAUUUACUCAAAAGUAUUCAAAACUCUGGUCAAUUCAUGAACUCAAAGUUCAUGCUAUGGAUGGUUCCAUGAACGACAUGCACCUCCACAAGGGGUUUAUAGUAUAAGGUAGAAAAAAAACCUCUGACUUUCUAUGACCCAAAACAGUUCCAGCUCUAUAAGUGGGACUGUCUGGGAGAACUGUGGGUUGAGUUUGCAGGAUGCAGCCUCCACAUUUGAUUUUUAGUCCCCAGAUAAAUGUUGACUAAUGGAACAGUCAAAAUAAAAGUCACACCAAGAUCAAAUGUUAAGUUGUUACAAACCUAAGUGUUGUUAGUUUUUCCAUCACAGAACAACUUUUCAGUAUUGUGUGGAGAGUUGAAGGCAGCUUCACCACUGUUUGUUUUAAUUGUAAAGAAAAGUUUUAUAUCGACAAUGUGCAAUUUUCCAGACGGGAGGGAAACUGAACGCUGAGUUACUUGACUUUAUUGUUUUGGUUUAUUUUUUUUCUUCCUAAACUUCACUGUCAAACCAAUACCAGCUGUGGAAUCGAAUCCCUGGACCCUGACUAAACCCCUGUGGACAAACAGGAAACUACACCACUGUCACACUGGACUCUCUCUCCUGCAGAGAUUAGUACCAGGAAUAUGGACAGCACCACAAACUACGAACAAUACCAGAGAGUAAUUAUCUUUUUACUUCAAAGGAGCCCAGACAGAUCUAGAGCCUGGAGCAGGAGGAACUUGAAUGGGCAAAGUUAUAUCAGUACCAGGGACUGUUUUUCCCCUGCAGGUACUUUUACCAGUAACUGUGUCUUUUCACUCUAGGAACUAGUUUCAGAACUGGGAAUUAAGAAGUGUAUCAGGAAUGGUUUGUAAAUUUGCUGCAGGUGUUGCAGUACCAAAGACGUCCAGAGGAGUUUAGGCUAGUGCCGUGAGCCUGAGAACCCACGGCUACUGUACUCGCUGAAUGUUCUGUUUCUGGAGCUGGGACUUUUUUGGGGGUGCUCCUCAACCUUACUAGUACUUUCAGUACCUGGUCACUGCAGUUGAAAACCAAACAGUUCUGUGUGCUCUUCCAGGUUCUCAGCACUAGUCCCUUCAGUGAGAACUGAAAAUAGUUCUUGAACAAAUGUUACAAAGAUGAAAACGGUCUGUUUUUGAAGUCUCGUUGAGAAAACCUGAGCAUUUUCAUCCUAGAGCGGUUUUCUCUCACAAACAAGUGAAAACAGAAUUUUAUUAUCAGUUGUUUUGUUGAAAAAUGUUUACACUCUGACGAUAAACUGUGUUUUUAAACUUGGCAUCUGCUGCUGCUCCUCAACCGGAAGUAAAAGUGACGUCUUAAAAUGUC